AUGUCUGUAUCCCGUGAAGAUUACGUUUAUUUGGCCAAAUUGGCCGAACAAGCCGAACGUUAUGAAGAGAUGGUUGAAAACAUGAAGUCUGUGGCUUCUUCUGGCCAAGAGUUGUCCGUUGAGGAACGUAACUUGCUCUCUGUGGCUUACAAGAACGUUAUUGGUGCUCGUCGUGCCUCUUGGAGAAUUGUUUCUUCGAUCGAGCAGAAAGAAGAAUCAAAGGAGAAAUCUGAACAUCAAGUCAAAUUGAUCCGUACUUACCGUUCAAAGAUCGAGUCUGAGUUGACUAAGAUCUCAGAUGAUAUCUUGUCUGUUCUAGAUUCUCAUUUGAUUCCAAGUGCCACCAGUGGUGAAAGCAAAGUUUUUUACUAUAAGAUGAAGGGUGAUUACCACCGUUAUUUGGCAGAGUUCUCCAGUGGUGAUGUGAGAGAAAAGGCUACCAAUGCUUCUAUGGAGGCUUACAAGACUGCUUCAGAGAUUGCAACCACCGAACUACCCCCAACUCAUCCAAUCCGUCUAGGUUUGGCUUUGAACUUCUCUGUCUUUUACUACGAGAUCCAGAAUUCUCCAGAUAAGGCCUGUCAUUUGGCAAAACAAGCUUUCGACGAUGCUAUCGCAGAACUUGAUACUCUAUCAGAAGAAUCCUACAAGGAUAGUACGUUGAUCAUGCAAUUGUUAAGAGAUAACUUAACUUUGUGGACUUCCGAUAUGUCUGAAGCUGGUCAAGAUGAAUCACAACAACAACAACAACAACAACAACAGCAACCUGCUGCAGCAGCUUCCACUGAUGCUCCAACUGAAGGUCAAGCUCCAAAGCAAUAG